UUUAGUUGCCAUAACAACCACACAAGAGUUGUUUAUAUUUUGUUUUGAAAUGUCAAAUUCGUAGCUAGCCAAACCGUUGAGAACAAAGUCUGAUAAUCAAUAAAACCUCACAAAUCCUCAUUGAAAAUCAGUUUGCUGUAGAUCAAACAAAAACUUCUAUCCACUGUACCUGGAACUUGUUUAUCAAAUUCAAAACUUCUUGUUUACAGUACCUACAAUGCUUAACUUCCAAGUUACAUUACCUCAAGAUUUGAAAGAGGCAGCUAGAAUUGAAAAAGCAAGACAGAAUGAAGAAGAAAGAAAAGCAAGGAUUUUCAAUUCAAGACAGCGUUUGAUUGGUGUAGAUCUUGAAGGACUCAAGAAGCAGAUAGAAGAAAAGAAAACACGGGAGGAGGAAGAGAGAAAAAUAGAAGAAGCUUAUGUAAAGAAACAAAUUAGAGAUAGUGAAAUAGCAAAACGUCUGGAAAGUCAAAUUGAAGAGAACAGACGCAGAUUGAACGAGGAUGUCAACGAGUUUCGCAAACAGUACCAACGGGCGGAAGAUCGUAGAGAGUUUGACCUCUACGACCCUGACGGACUGAAGAAGAGUUUGCCCUGUCGUCUUCUCGAUGAUGACCCUCGUCUCAGUAUUUCUUCAGCUCAGAAGUUUGAAGGGGAGGACCUCGCUACCGAGGCUCGUAAAAAGAUACAAACCGAGCAACAGAAGGCGUGGCUCGAACAACAGAUGUUGGAGCGAUGUCGCGCCGACAAGGAGCGAGAAGUAGCUGAGAAUGUUUACCACGAGGCACUGGUCGCACGAGACCAACGCACAAUGCAGCUUGAUGCCAUGGAGCGAGAGUGCAAGCGGCGUCUUGAGUUGGCGAACGUUCGCUUCAACCAGGCUCUGGCCGCAGAGCAAGAAACGAAGUGUCGUAUGCAGCAGAUGCGUGACAUGGAGGAUCAACGCGCAGAGAUAUACAACGCGAUCACGAGCGACUUUCUGACGGAGAACCCUAAUCUCCGUUCCAGCAACCUAGGACCAGGACGAAUCAACACCGCGUUCUACAAGGGAAUGACGGACGCAGAGAAAGAAGAGAUACGGCAGACGAACCUGCGGCUCAUAGAAGAGAACAAGCGCCGUCAAGAAGAAGAAGCCAAAAGAGAAGCCGAUUGGUUGGAAAUUACUAACGGAAUCGCAAGAUCCGUGAAUCUUAAGGAUCGGGAGAUAAUGAAAAAACAAAGAGAGAUGGAAAGAGAAGUGAGGGAACAAAAUCGUAUCUUAGACUGCGAACACAAGCGACAUCGCGAAUACAUCGACAAAGUCGUAUACACUAACACUCCAACUUCGGCGUACUUUGAACAAUUUAACACUACAAGCCGUUAAUUUCAUGUUUCACACCAUCACGAUCAUAUAAACAUUUGUGAGAUAACUUUGGUGUGACAAUUGCGAUUGAACGUUUUGCACGUAGCUGUUUACUUCUAAAUCAAUUGUAUGGUGCACUGUAUGAUGGAUCUGCUUUUACUUACAAUUUUUAAUAAAGCUUGCUAAUAUAUCA